AUGGGAGCUUCAUUAUCGCGUCUGUGGUCUUUGGUGUGGGCCAAGAAGGAGAUCCGAAUCCUCAUCCUGGGUCUCGAUAAUGCCGGAAAGACAACUCUUCUCUACAGGCUAAAGAUCGGCGAGGUGGUCACCACAAUUCCCACUAUCGGAUUCAACGUCGAAUCGGUCACAUAUCGGAAUCUAAAUUUGAAUGUUUGGGAUCUCGGUGGUCAAACAUCCAUUCGCCCUUAUUGGCGGUGCUACUAUGCAAACACCGCUGCCGUCGUUUUCGUCAUCGAUUCUACAGAUAUUGAGCGCCUGGGAACCGCGGCAGAUGAACUGGCAGCUAUGUUAAACGAGGACGAGCUCCGUGAAGCGGCCCUACUAGUGUUUGCCAACAAGCAAGACCAGCCGGGUGCCAAGGGUGCGGGCGAGAUCUCGGAGGCAUUGAAACUGGGAGAGUUGCGCGAUCGUAACUGGAGCAUUGUCGCUUGCUCUGCCAUUGAUGGCAAGGGCGUCAAUGAAGGCAUGGACUGGCUGGUG